CGCGCCGGCGCUGGAGCCGGGAAGGGGGGGGCGGGGGAGCGAUGGUCGCAAGAUGGCGGCGCUGAAGGAGGAUCGGAGCUACGGGCUGUCGUGCGGGCGGGUGAGCGACGGCAGCAAGGUGUCCGUGUUCCACGUGAAGCUCACCGACAGUGCCCUGAGGGCCUUCGAGAGCUACCGCGCCAGCCAGGAUUCUAUUUCGCUGAGACCGUCAAUCCGCUUUCAAGGAAGCCAAGGGCGCAUCUCCAUCCCGCAGCCCGACUGCCCGGCCGAGGCGCGGACCUUCUCCUUCUACCUCUCCAACAUCGGCCGCGACAGCCCGCAGGGCAGCUUCGACUGCAUCCAGCAAUACGUGUCCAGGUGAGGCCCGGGCGCCCCGCGGGCCAGGGCUCCCGCACCCCCCGGGCGCCCCCGGCGCUCCGCCAGCACCUACCAGAAGGCGCGGCAGAGCAUGGCGCAGGCGGAGGAGGAGACGCGCAGCCGCAGCGCCAUCGUCAUCAAGCCCGGGGGACGCUACCUGGGCAAGAAGGUUCAGUUCCGGAAGCCGGCCCCAGGGGCCACUGACGCUGUGCCUUCCCGGAAGCGACCGACCCCCAUGAACCUGGCGAGCGCCAUCAGGAAAAGCGGCACGGGCGCCGGGAGCGGGGGCAGUGGGGUGUCCCAGAGGCCCUUUCGGGACCGCGUGCUGCACCUGCUGGCCCUGCGGCCCUACCGGAAGGCCGAGCUGCUGCUGCGGCUGCAGAAGGACGGCCUGACGCAGGCGGACAAGGACGCGCUGGACGGCCUCCUCCAGCAGGUGGCCUGCGUGAGUGCCAAGGACGGGACCUGCUCGCUGCGGGACUGCAUGUACAAGGACGUGCAGCGGGACUGGCCCGGCUACUCGGAGGGCGACCAGCAGCUGCUCAAGCGGGUGCUCGUCAGGAAGCUGUGCCAGCCCCCGAGCUCGGGCAGCCUCCCCGCGGAGCCUGCCGCCUCCAGUCCUCCAGGCGAGCAUGGGCGCUCGGCCUCGCCCCCUCAGAGGCCGCGCGCCUCGGCCUGCCCCUGCUGACGGACUGUGCCCAGCCCGGCAGGGCCCACAGCGGCCCCCAGCGCAGCAAGCCCAAGAAGAAGUCCAAGAAGCACAAAGACAAGGACAGGGCGGCCGAGGAGCGGCACUGCGCCCCCCGGCCCGCCGACCUCGCACCCGCCACCCACGGCGCCCCGCCAGAUGCCCCCGGUGUCAACGGGACCUGCAGCAGCGCCAGCGUGCCCACGUCCACGUCCGAGACGCCAGACUACUUGCUGAAAUACGCUGCCAUCUGCUCGUCGGAGCAGCGACAGAGCUACAAGAACGACUUCAACGCCGAGUACAGCGAGUACCGCGACCUGCACGCCCGCAUCGAGCGGGUCACGCGGCGCUUCACGCAGCUCGACGCCCAGCUGCGCCAGCUCUCACAGGGCUCCGAGGAGUACGAGACCACCCGGGGGCAGAUCUUGCAGGAAUAUCGGAAAAUCAAAAAGACCAACACCAACUACAGCCGGGAGAAGCAGCGCUGCGAGUACCUGCACAGCAAGCUGGCCCACAUCAAGCGGCGCAUCGCCGAGUUCGACCAGCGCCAGCUGCAGGCCUGGCCCUAGCGCCGGGAGCGGGACCGGGACCGGGACCGGGACGCCGGACCCAGGGCCGACGGGAGGACGCGGGCACCAGGGCACUGGGACGCCGGCUCCCAGGGGAGCUCCUGCAGGCCGCCUGCCCGAGCAGCCCCCUGCGGGCUCCGGGGAAGCCCACCUGCUCCGGUGCCGCCUGCCCCGCCCCGCCCCAGGAGACCCCAGGCCGCCCGCCUGCCUUUUCUAGUUUUAUACAAAGACAAGCCCCUUUUAGCUACUACUCAUGAGACUGAAGUCUAUUUUUGUACAAAAGAGAAAGCAAAAUCCUUUUUCUAAACCCGUGCCUCAGCCCUGGGCGCGGGCCAUGUCCUCUGCAGUGUUACAGAUGCCGUCGGCGUGGGGGGGGGCCUGGGGGGGGGCUUCCGGCCUCCCCUCCUCCUCCCCUCCCCCGGGCAGGGUCUGGGCCCCAGAUCCGAGGGGCUGGGCCCCGGGGCAGCGGCCUGUCCAGGUUCUAUUUUGAGAACCAGCUGGCGCUUCCCCACCGCCCCCAGCAGCUGCGGAAGCCGGGCAGGGGGGCCGAACCCGCCACCCGCUGGAGCUGCCUUGCUGUCGGGGGCGCUCCGCCUGGAAUCUUGGCUGUGCGGUGUCUUCAGUCUCCCUUUGCUGCUGCUGUUCGUCUGGCCACCCGGGACCGCGUGGAUCCUGGGGUGUCACCGCAGAGUCCCCCGCCUCCGCCGCCGCCGGGGUUUGCACUCAGGGAGGAACCGGGGGACCUGGGGGCAGGCCCCUGGGGCUGGGCGGGGAACCUGGAGGUCUGUGCCUGGGGGCUGCCCACCUCGGGGGCGCACGCUCUGCAGACACCCCAAUUGCUGCUUUGUCUCUGUGCCUAGGCCUCCCCAAAGCGUCGGGGGGGGGGCCAUGCGUGUGUGGAUGUGCGUGCGUGAGUGCGUGUGCGUGGGCACCCGCCGGGACGCGGGGUGGCGGCGGGUGGCACUUCAGGGCCUAGCGAAGCCAUGACUGGGAAUGCCGCGGUGGUGGCAGCGGAGGGGGGACGGUGACUGGAGCCUGGGGGGUCACCCCGGGGUCACCCGCCACCAGCAGGAGCCCCGCAGGGAGAGCGGAAACGCGCAAAAACGUCUAUUUUUCUACACCGUGGGGGGUGUCGCCUAACCGUCCUGCCUGCUCCAAAGUUGUCGCUUUCCUUUGGGAACCCCUGGGGUUCCAGAGUUGGGAAGAAACUGAUCCUUUAUGUCUCAAUAGCUGUCGUUUUCUUUUUUUUUUUUUUUUUUUUUUAAUUUUAUUUUUAUUGUUCAUAGGGGGUUGGGGAGGGCCUAGCAGGCCCUGGGGACACAGGACUGAGCUGGGAAAGGAUGAUUUAAGGGGGUCCCAGCCCAGGGGACCACCCCUCUAUCCCCAGAACAACAGACGCUCAGUUGAAUUCGCCUUUUCGUCGUUUUUUUGUUUUGUUUUGUUUUGUUGUUUUUUUCUUCGCUUUUUUUUCUGUCUGUUCUCCUUUAAAGGAAUUAUAAAGUGGAGAGAAAUUUUGCGCUUCGGGGUGGGGGGGAUGUCGACAGAACGUUCUAGCUGAUUAAAUAUGGUCUAACUUAUUGAUAAUGUGUGUGUUCGUUUUGUUUUGUUUUGUUUUUUCCUAUUUUUAAUGUCAUACUGUGGACAAAACUGUUUUGAGCCAUUGGUGUUUACAGAACCUUUCACUUUGCCAAAAUGUUACGAUGGGAAGUAAUCCGCAUCUUCGGUUUCCUGAUAUUUUCUUAAAAAAAAAGAUCUGGUGUCCGUUUUAUACACUAAACAAGUGAAUGCCGAUUUUUUUUUUUUUUUUUUUCUUUUUCCAACCUACAAUAAAUUUCAUGGAGCUGAACCCAG